AUGUCUGGACAGCGACGACUUGAUAACGACCACGAGAAGGCCGUCAUCCGGUACAAGUUGAAGCAGCAGAGAACGCUCGAGAAGUCCAUGCAGACGCUUCAGCUAGAGAAGGACUAUUCGAUAAAAUUGUUGAACCUUGAUCACAGGAUUGUCAAAGUUAAUUAUAAACGCCUCAAGGACAAAGUGUCGCGCAUAAAAUCAAACCUAAAUGCCGAUGAAAUCACCACACUGAAGGACUUAGACGCAAAAGGUAAGCUGAAGUCGUACAGCAAUACGGUGAACUUGAGUAGUGCGCUCAAGAUCGCGGCAGCCGCAAAAAGACUCAAACUUCAAGGACAGUCCCCACGUGCUGUGAGUGUGUAUCCAUUCCCUAUCACGGCUAUGGACAGUAAGAAUGGCACACCCCGCCCCGAUACAAUGCCACCAAGGCUCGGUCGGAGUAACUCUGUAACAGGGGCUUUCAUUGAUGCUCCGGAGCCAGUGUUACAAAAACGACGGAACUCAAUUGAUGGUGGCCGACCUUCAAGCGCGGUAAACGCUGUGGCCUGUGAAAAUUCUAUAAAACGGGCGCGUCCUCAAACGGCAAAUCGUCCUUCCGGACAGCCCCCAAGAUCACCUACCACAACGGCCAUGCCGUCUCACUCUUUAUACUCCUCGCACACUGCCGUCGAGAAAGACGCACGCGUGCAGACAGCUCCGGCGCCAAUCGCUUGUUUCUCUGACGAUUCGAUAGAUAGCAAUCUAGGAGAAGACUUGUAUGAGGAGCGGCGUCAAGAGAUGCUGCUGGAGGAGGAACUCCGGUAUAAAUCUCUCCAAGAAAGAAAAGACGAUUUCAUGGUGAGACUGAAUGAGUACAUCGCAGCAAACCCAUCACCUGACUGGUCAAACGCGAUGGCACACUUCGAGUUUCCGGAUAGCACGGUCGAACGAGAAGAGGAAGUCGAUGACGAGGAGGACGACAUACCUAGUAUUAGACCCAAACCGAAAAAGAGACUACUUCCGGGAAGGUCACGUCUUAAUAUGGCCACUUCAUUUUCAAAUGAAGAGGUCUACAAACAGAAAAUGUUAGAACUGUGGCAAGAUUUGAACAAGUGUCGGUACCUAAGGAUGCCGGACGAGAGGAUAGAUAUCUCUGGGGUAGAUACGUUAGCCAAACGUCAGGUGAAGCUUUAUCAAAUGCUCAAAGACCGCGAUGGGCAGGCGGUGGCUUAA